AUGGAUUAUCUGGUGCUUGUGUCCCUAGGUUUAUUGUCUCUUGCGUCCAUUGGUUAUCUAGCUCUUGUUGCCAUUGUUACUCGGUGCAACCCUGCCAUUGGUUCUGUGUCUCUUCCUGCGGUUGGUAUUCGGUCUCUUGCGCUCAUUGGCUAUGUGGCUCCUGUUGCCAUUGAUGUUCGGUCUAUUGUGUCCAUUGGUUGUCUGGAUGUUGUUGUCAUUGAUGUUCGGUCUGUUGUGUCCAUUGGUUGUCUGGUUGCUGCUACCAUUGUUGUUCGAUGUGUUGCGUCCAUUGGUUCUCUGGCUCAUGUUGCCAUUGGUUUUCGGUCGCUUGCGUCGAUUCCUCUUCUGUCGCUUUUGUCCCACUCCCUGAAACCCCGGUACAUUUUUUAG